UCAUUGACACCUUUGUAACAGCGAGGGUUGAGGCUCUCCAUUGAGUUCCCAACAUCCGAUUGAUCUCUUUCGAGUUGUUGACUAUCGUCGGUGCCGAUUACUUCCUGAAUUCUGCCCCUGCCAAGUCGUAAAUGAAUUGGGCUUGCUGACUCCGAAGGAUUGAGACAAGUACAAAAUGUCGCGGCAUAGAAAUGUUCGCAGCAUGAAAUAUUCUGAUGAAUAUGAUGGAUACGAUGAUGUCUACGGUCACUCCGUCGAAGAAGACUGCGCCCUAUCGCCAAGCGAUGCUGCGUUCAUGUUCGAUCGGUCAGUUCGCCCUCAGUUCUCGUCAUUUUUAAGAGACGAGGAGGACAUCGCUGAGGAAGAGGAACAGCCGCUCCCUGAAGGAGAUGCCAAGUUCGCGAUGGAACGGUUGAACGAAACAGACCAAGCUAAGCUUCUUUCUUGCCUCGAAGAAAUUAGAAAUGUCAUCGGCGACACCGUACAAGAGCAGACUGCUAUCGAAGUGAUCAUCGCUGAGAACUAUGAUCUUCCAAAAGCUUUAGAUGUACUUCUCAAUUCAAAACUGCCACCAGUUGCUCCUACGUUGGCUAAACAGGAAAUAAUUGAUGUGCCAAAACCACAAAGAUUAACUUCGAUACGUUCAGAAAGAGCACGAGCAAUGCAAGAGUCGAUUCCUGUAGUUACUAUAGUAUCGAGCCCUGCGAAAAGCAAUGUAGUUAAAGGAUUUUUAGUCCCUGAGAAUGAAGACACAAAUAAGGAUGAGAAUAAAACAUCAAGAAGUUCUUCACCAAGUGUGGCUAGUGAUGUGGCUUCAAUAAAAAGCAAGGCUGAAGCGUCCAUUCCUCCUUCAAAAAAGAAUAACCCAAAAGCUGAUGAACAGUUUAAAAAGGAGAGAGGAGACAGCAAAGAGCAGUUACAUAUGGUUGUGACAGGUCAUGUAGAUGCUGGGAAGAGUACUUUAAUGGGACAUUUAUUAUACAAACUGGGACAUGUUAGCUCUAAGACAAUGCAUAAAUACGAGCAAGAGAGCAAAAAGAUAGGAAAACAAUCUUUCAUAUACGCAUGGAUCCUCGACGAGACCGGAGAAGAAAGGUCUCGAGGAAUAACCAUGGAUGUCGGUCAAUCGAAAUUUGAGACCGCGACAAAAACAGUGACUCUCCUCGAUGCCCCAGGCCAUAAGGAUUUUAUUCCAAAUAUGAUAACAGGUGCGGCGCAGGCAGAUGUCGCACUUCUUGUAGUCGACUCGACUAGAGGAGAGUUUGAAACGGGUUUCGAAAGUGGGGGACAAACAAGGGAGCAUGCUUUACUCGUUAGAUCUCUUGGUGUCAGUCAGCUUUGUAUUGUUGUAAAUAAAUUGGACACAGUCGGAUGGAGUGAAGAUCGAUUCAGGGAAAUUUCAACUAAAUUAGGGUCGUUUUUAAAACAAGCUGGGUUCAAAGAGCGAGAAGUCACUUUUGUACCUUGCAGCGGUCUGACAGGAGAAAAUCUCGUUGAAAAGAGCACCAAUGAAGAACUUACUAAAUGGUACAAAGGCCCUUCACUCAUCGAAGUUAUUGAUAAGUUCGUAUGUCCGGCUAGACCAGUUUCCAAGCCAUUGAGAAUUUCAGUAAAUGACAUUUAUAAAGGCACCGGGGCUGGGUUCUGCGUCAGCGGACGUGUCGAGACUGGAAUGGUACAGGCUGGUGAUAAAAUCAGCGUCCUACCCCAAAAUGAGAUUGCUACUGUCAAAGCGAUAUCAAUUGAUGAUUUACCUUCACAAUCUGCUUUUGCCGGCGAUUGCGUGAGUUUGACUAUAGCCAAUUUCGACCAACAGAACAUUGCGGUUGGUUACAUUUUGUGCGACCCAGCAUACCCAGUGCCAGUUUCAUCAAAAUUUGAAGCUAGGAUUGUUGUGUUUAACACGACUGUUCCUAUCACAAAAGGAUAUCCGGUUGUACUUCACAUACAAUGUCUUUCGGAGCAGGCUGUGAUAACAAAAUUAGUGUCUCAACUAAAUAAAAGCACUGGGGAUGUAAUAAAGCGCCGGCCUAGGUGCCUGUUGAAAAAUAACAAUGCCGUCGUAGUUAUCGAAACGACAAAACCUAUCUGUUUAGAGUUGUACAGAGACAUGAAAGAACUGGGAAGGUUUAUGUUAAGGGUCAGUGGAGUAACAAUAGCAGCCGGUCUUAUUACACAGAUUUUGUGACAAAAAACAGCCUAUUGGAAAAUAUUAAUUUGUCAAACUUUUGUAAAUACAUAAAGUUAUUAAAUUCAUUAUUUAUCUUUUUGUAUUUGACCAAAUUUGUUUACUACUUGUACCACCUGCAAAAGCAUACUCAAAAAUAAAUAAUAAAAACCAUAAAAAAUAAUUAGGUAAACAUGUCAUCCACUAAUGUUAGUUCCGACAGUCUAUUAAAAAUGGAAGUUUUGCUAUAUUUGGAAAAUGGAUAAUUUUUGACAAAAUAUAAAACUUUUUUUUGAGGUUUGAAAAUGAAUAAAAACACUGCUGAAAUGAAAAUCAGUUUACAUUAUUUAUUACAGAAAUACAUACAAGAAAUUCAUUACAAUUACAUAAUAAACAUCGCUCCGUCCGAGAUUUCCUCUUUUUUUUAAAUCAUUUUCUUAAUAUCUAUUUGUGCCUUUUUAAACAUAGUUUUGAGUUGAAAAACAACUUUUUUUUAAUAUCACCAAAUGCAAUGACCAUGGAUACACUUUAUGUACUUCUUUUAUACUUACACCACAAAAUAUGUCAACAGCCUUAAGCUCCAUAAACUUUAAAAUAUAUACCAUAUCACAUGUUUAGCUAUAUAACACAGUUAAGGGAGCCUCCUAUUGCUGACUCAGUACAUUAUUUUAUUAUUAUACAAUAAACAUAGUUAACUUAUUUAAAUCUAAUCUAAAGCCCUUUAUGAGUUUUUGAUAGCUUCCUGCAAUUAAAACAAAAGGGUACUUCCAAUUUCAACAAAUAUGCGACACCAGUACUUCUUUUUAAUUUAACUUAUGAACAUCUCACCAUAAUUUAAUAAACAAACAAAAAAUCACCCUUAAACCUAAAAGGCAUUAUUUAUAAAUUUUAUAAUAGGAAAUAGUUCUACGGGCGGCAAUAAACUUUCCAAAAAUGCCCUUGUUUUUUUUUUUUGUUCCUUUCUCUUCAUAAAAAUCACAUAGCACAGAAGAUAUUUUCAGCCUAUAAACUUAUGGAAGACCUGUCCUGGAGUUGAUAGCAACAUGCGCAACAUUUUAAAUCUUAUUUACAUAGAAAAUGGAACGACUAUCACAAUAAAUAAGUGGUUAACAUCGCAGGAUUAUUCCUAGUUAUGCUCUGAACUGCUUACAACCUUGGGACAGCAUUUUGUCAACUCGCGUUGUAUUUUUAUGAAGGGAAGGCACAACAUUUAAAAAAAGAAAAAGAAA